GGGAUUUCAGUCUUUGUCCAGACUGACAGUUGACACGUGCUUUACAUGCGUGUGGGAAUUUCUCUCGGUGUAUUGACAUUUCGAUUUCAUUUCACUUCACCCCAGGGCCGAGAAAAGAAAAUUUAAAUUUGAUAAAAAAUCGAAUGGCCAAUCUUCCUCAAUCUCUAUCGAUGAACGCACCGUUCGGAGUCCCAAGCGCGUCUAAUCCAGCCUCCGCCGCAGUAGCCGGAGCUCCGGCUAACAAAGACCGGAAGAUGGCAUCAGCAGAGCACUUGGUUCUUGACCUAAGCAGUCCUGAUCUUCGUGAAAACGCCCUUCUUGAACUCUCUAAGAACAAGGAUUUAUUUCAAGAAUUGGCUCCUUUCGUGUGGAAUUCUUUUGGUACUAUUGCUGCACUCAUACAGGAGAUCGUUUCAAUAUACCCUGUCUUGUCACCACCUAACUUAAGUCCUGCACAAUCAAAUCGAGUUUGUAAUGCUCUAGCUCUUCUUCAGUGUGUGGCUUCACAUCCAGACACAAGAAUGUUGUUCCUCAAUGCUCAUAUACCUUUAUAUCUGUACCCUUUCCUGAAUACAACUAGCAAAUCAAGGCCUUUUGAGUACCUGAGGCUUACUAGUUUAGGUGUCAUUGGUGCCCUAGUGAAGGUUGAUGACACAGAAGUUAUUAGUUUCCUUCUUUCAACUGAGAUUAUUCCACUGUGUCUGCGUACUAUGGAGAUGGGAAGUGAAUUGUCAAAAACAGUUGCCACAUUUAUAGUUCAAAAGAUUUUAUUGGAUGAUGUGGGCCUGGAUUAUAUUUGCACUACAGCAGAACGGUUUUUUGCAGUGGGCCGAGUUUUGGGGAACAUGGUUGCAGCACUUGCUGAACAACCAUCAUCACGGUUAUUAAAACAUAUUAUCCGAUGUUAUCUUCGACUUUCAGAUAAUCCAAGGGCUUGUGAUGCAUUGCGAAGUUGCCUGCCAGACAUGCUGAGAGAUGCCACCUUCAGUAGCUGCCUACGUGAAGAUCCAACAACAAGGCGAUGGCUACAACAGUUGCUUCACAACGUGGGAGGGAAUCGGGUGGUUCCGGGACUUCAGGCUGGUGGGGGAUUUGAUCAUAUGCUGGUGAACUAAGACCGCAAUUUUAUUUUUGUUCCAUCGCUUCAAGACCUACUGUCUUCCUUUUUAAUGUGCGAUAGCGUUUCUGGUAAAUGUAAUUAACACCCAGAAGAGGAAGCGAUGGAAGACAAAAAAAAGCUAGACUAGUUGUUGACUUAUCAAUUAGCUGGUAUUUGUUCAUGUAUAAUUUAAAGAGAGGUGCUCCUUUGUUUACAUUAUUGCUAGUCUGUUUUUUCCUACCAUCACUCUGUUGUUUUAGUGGUUUUGUUUUGUUUUUAAA